AUGCCAGACCCAUCGAUGCCCCCCCCGUUCCCCCCCGACAAUGACCAGUUCCCCCCCUUUCCCCCCGAGAACGACCAGUUCCCCCCCUUCCCCCUACCUCCCGGGAUGGAGGAUCUUGGGGGGAAGAGCUUUGAGGGGGGCAUGGGGCAGAACGUCAGCCUCCCAGGGGAGCAGACGGAGGCGUACUGCCAGAUGCUGCUGGACUCCCCGGUCCCGCUGCCAGCCGACCAGGUGCCCUGGUUCUGCAUCUGCUUCCACUGCCAGGGGCGCCACGGCCCCAAGGGAGACCCUGGGGAGCGAGGACUUUCAGGAAGCCCGGGGAGCGCUGGCAGGAGAGGACUGACCGGGGUCAGCGGUCCGCCGGGGUACACGGGGCGACAGGGAAUCAAAGGACAGAAGGGGGACGAGGGCCUUAAAGGAGACGGUGGUCCUGAGGGCCCCCUGGGGCCUAAAGGACAGAGAGGAUAUAAAGGUGACAAGGGGGAGGCCGGCUUGGAGGGGCGGACGGGGGAGCCGGGGGGCAAGGGGGACGACGGUGUGUGUCCCGAGACCUGCGCGCCCGUGGAGGGGCCCGCAGGAGGACCCGGACUCCCGGGGUCCACCGGGCCUCGAGGGCUGCCGGGCACCGGGGGUAAAGGGGGGGACGGCGGCCCCAAGGGAGACCAGGGCGACCUGGGACCCCAGGGGGCGCCCGGGGAACCGGGGCGCCGGGGCGAGGCGGGGCCGCAGGGAGACUGCUCCUGUGACGACGGGGAGGUCGGGCCCCCGGGGGAGAGCGGGCAGAAGGGGGAGGGGGGGGCGGACGGCCCCUCCGGCCCCAGGGGCGGGACGGGGGAGCCGGGAGCCAAGGGUGACCUGGGGGAUAUGGGGGUGAGGGGGGUCCCGGGGCCCUGCAUGCCGGCCAUCCAGUCGUCCUUCGCCAUGGGCCUGGCCGUCUCCUUCCCCCCUCCCAACGCCCCCGUGGCUUUCACUCGGGUCCUCGACAACCGGCAGGGCCACUACGACCCCCUGGGGGGCAUCUACACCGCCCCCGUCAACGGCACCUACGUCUUCAGCUACGCCCUCACGGUGUACAGCCGCAUCCUGAAGGUGGGCCUGUUCCACAACUACCUGCCCCAGGUGAAGACCACCCACCCCGCCCUGCUGGGCACCGCCUCCCACCAGCUGGUGCUGCACCUGGUGCAGGGCGACGGGGUGUGGCUGCAGGUCAGGGACCAGAUGACCAACGGCAUGUACGCCAGCAGCGAGACCAGCAGCACCUUCUCGGGCUACCUGCUCCACCCCGACACCUGCUACAUGCCUGAGCUCAGGCAGACGCUGUACCCCGCCGCCGCCGUGACGAGGGGCCCCUACGAGUGGGGCACCCUGCCGGGCGGCCCCGCCCCAAACGCAACCAUCAGCUCGGAGCCGACGGAGGUCACCCCGGUCGAGUGA